AUGACUCCUGCAGCUUUGCAAGACAAAGAACUGCAGUUGCUGAAGGAGAAGGAUGAUAUUUUGGCCCAGUUGGCCAGUUGGGAUGAUGAGAUUGCGUGGAAGAAGACUGCUGCAGCUCAGUUGGAGAAGACCUUGGCUGCUUUGCAAAGGGGUGAGGAUGGUGUUAACAUGCCGCGUUCUGCUGCAGAGCUUCGGCGAGGAACAGAAGCUCCACCGGCGGAUGUGGAACCUCCAAAGGACCAGUCCGAAGAAUUGCUGCAGCGUUUGACGACAGCCCUCGCAGACCUUUCGAAGCCAUGGGAAAGUACUUGGGACAAGGAGAGCUUUGACAGGCAAUACUGUCCAGACGACGGGGAGCUUGGAGAUUUCUUGAAGGGCCUCACCAUAGAGCAGCAAUUGGUGUGGGAGCUGCAAAAUCCAUCGGAUGUCAGCCCACGAGUUGAUCGCAGAUUGCUUGGCGACUUGAAGAAAGCUGGGAAGAAGGCAGAGGUCGAGAUUCUUACUGCCGCAGUCGGACCUCCAAGUGAUCCUGAGCGGCAGUACAGAGCACUACUUUGGCUUCAUCACCAUAGGGAAUUGAAUGUGUCCCAUGUGGAGCCAGGAGCUGCAUCGCAGUCGUUGCUUACCUUGGCCUGCCGCCAUGGACACUGUGAUGUCGCAGCGGCCCUGCUGGAACGCAAGGCAGAGGUGCAUCACCAAAGCAAUUCUCAACUCACGGCGCUUGCAGCCGCUUGCCAGGGGGGAAGCGUCCAGUGCGCCCGCUUGCUGCUCCAAGCAGCCGCUAAUUGCAACGAGGCGAGUAAGGGCUGUAGCGUCCUUGCUUUGGCUUCCGCCUGCUCCGGGGAGCAAGGUGAGGCUUUGACAAAGCUCUUGCUGGAGUUCAGAGCGGAUGUGAAUCAGGCAGAUCCUCGUGGCCGGACACCGCUCAUGGCCGCUGCCAUAGCUGGAAAUUCUCGCUGCUGCGAAGCCUUGCUGAAAGCUGGAGCAUGUGCUACCGAUGAAGACAAUGAGGCCGGUGGAAAAGGGGGGUAA